AUGCACCGGGCCCAGGCGCAGAGCAAGCUGAGCAAAUCUGGGGAGGAGGCCGGGGGGGUGGCGCGCACGCUGGGGAGGCCCGGAGUGGCCCCUCCAAGUCCCGGCAUCCCCCCGAAGCGCGCCAAGGUCACGGCGGUGCCCGAAGCGGGGGCAGCUCGCCCAGCAGCCCCGGUCUUUGUGCGGAAGCUGAAGAACGCGGCCAUUGGCACCGGCUGCGACAUUCGGCUGCGGGUGGCUGUGGUUGGGAGCCCCCAGCCCCACCUGCGCUGGUACAAAAACGAGGCGCAAAUCCCCCCGUGGGGCGAGGAGUACGGCACCCUGUGGAUCCGGGACAGCAAGCUGGAGGACGCCGGCAUCUACACCUGUGUGGCCCAGAAUGAGCAGGGCAAGGCCAUGACCAGCGCCGUGUUGGCCAUCCUGGAUAUGGAAGACUCGGAGACAGGCGAGGACGACGCCAGCGACCCCCAGGGGACGCAGCGCAGUGAGCUCCAGGAUGAGACCCCUUUCAGCUCCCCCACAGGGGAGUCGGACACGCUGGUGGACGCCUCCAUGACCACGUCGGCGCUGGGCCUGUCGCAGGCGGAGGAGCGCUCCAGCUGGUCGGGCAGCCAGCAGACCGUGGUGGAGAAGGCGACGGAGCCCGGCCUCCCGGUGCGGGGGCCCUACCUGCGCCCCAGUGGCUGGCAGCCGCAGGGGACCCCAAGGCAAGCACACGCGCAGGCCCCCCGCGGUGCCGAGGUCAGGCACCUGGGGGUGGAGCCCCUGCUACGGGCGUCGCGUGCUAUUCUGGUGGGCACAAGCUGGGGGUCGGAGGAUAGCCUCUCGGUGGCCAGCGACCCCUACGGCAGCGCGUUCAGUCUGUACAGAGGACGGGCGCUCUCGAUCCACGUCAGCAUCCCCCAGGGCGGGUACAGGAGAGACGACCCCAGCGGAAGCACCUCGGAGCUCGCUCCGAAGCCUGGUGCAGCCCAGCCGCUGGCCUCCAAGCCACCAGCUCUCUGCCUGCCGUCUCCCAGGGUGGGCCAGUGCCCGGCCCAGCCGCCCGGAGCCAGCCGAGGUCCUGGCGUCGUCUCCCCCACGCCCCUGACGCCCCGCAAGACGGCCCUGAUGCCGGUGGAGUACCAGGACACGGUCCCCGAGGAGUACGAGGAGAAAGUCCGGAAGCCCAAGUCUCUGGGGUACUCGCAGGCCAGCACGCUGGAGUCCCGGCCCCAGACCCCGCUGAGCGAGACCUCCAGCCGGGUGUCGGUGCUGCGGCCCUCGCCCAAGCUGGCGCGCUCCGGCUCCAAGAUCUUCGAGAAGCUGAAGUACUUCGAGGAGCGCCGGAAGAGCCUGGAGCAGACCGACAGCCCCCUGCCGGUCCACGCCUGGCUGCCCCUGCGCAAGACGCGCUCCUUCGACCAGCCCGACCUGGGCCAGCGCCCGCUCACGCCGGGCGGCUCCCGGGAGGAGCUGCGGGACGGGGUGCGGUCGGAGAUGGGCGGCCCGACCUGCCGGCGCCAGGCCUUCCGCCACAAGGCCGCCUCGUUCGACGAGCGGGGCCGCUUCGCCAGCCGGGUGGGCGACAUCGAGCACAGGUUCUCCGAGGAGCUGAGCCGCAUCAAGAAGACUGUCUCCAAGCAGCAGCUGAUGAGGUCGCAGGAGCUGGCAAAGGCCGGCCUCCCGCGGGCCCCCUCGCCCCGGGGCCCCAGCCAGCUCUCUGCCCCCCGGGCGCUGGGGCCACAAGCCACCCCGGCCCCGAAAGGCCAGCUGCUCAAGGCCCCGCCGCCGGUGGAGAACGCGCACAGUAUCCAGCAGCUGGCCCUGGCCAGCGUGGGGCAGGGGGGGCCCGCAGACGGGGCGGAGCGGGGGGCCACGCACAAGCCACUGCUUCGGAGCUGCGCCCUGACCAGCCAGCCCCGGGAGGAGGCCAGAGCCAGGAGGAGCGUGGAGCCAGAAGGUGCUGAGGGCAAGAGGAAGGUGGAGCAGUGCCCCUUAUCUCAGGCCACUCCGCUGGGGCGGGGGGACCUGCCGGAGGCCGGGACCCCCGAAGGAGUCGCUUGCCUGGAGGGGGGCCCCGCGGUCGGGGCGAGAGCUAGCCGCGACGGCAGGGCCCCCGGGGCUGGGAGCGAAGCCCUGACCACUAGGCCAGCAGGCCAGCACGGGCCGCACAGGAAGCGGGACGCAGGCCAUGAGGUGCGGUUCUUGCCCUGGGCCAAGCCCGGCCCGGAGCUGGGAGCCGGCCUGGAGGGGGGCCGGGCAGGGCAGCGUGGCACGGGCAGGGAUGCCGAGCAAAGGCAGCUGAAGGUCACAGAGAAGAAGGAAGGUGCCCGGCUGGCUCAGGAAGGGAGAAGCGCCCGGAGCAAGGGGAAAGGCCGCCGGCCCCGGCCCACCUCGCCGGACCUAGAGUCGUCCGAUGAUUCGUACGUCUCCGCUGGCGAGGAUCCCCUGGAGGCCCCGGUCUUCGAGAUCCCCAUCCGGGACGCUGUGGUGAUGGUGGGCGCAGAGGUGCUGCUGAAGUGCAUCAUCACAGCCAACCCCAUGCCCGAAGUGUCCUGGAGGAAGGAUGGCGUCCUGCUGAGGGGCAGUGCCUGGCGCCCCAUCAAAGUGGAGGGCGAGCGCCACACCCUGCUGCUGCAGAGCGCCCGGGGGGCCGACGCCGGCCUGUACACCGUCACGGCGGCCAACGAGGCGGGGGAGUCGUACUGCAGCGCCAAGCUGACCGUGCAGCCGGCGCCCCCUGCGGAGAGCCAGGGGCCCCUGCCGCCCCCCCUGGCCCUGGCCAGCCCCAUCACGUCGGACGAGGAGUACCUGAGCCCCCUGGAGGAAUUCCCAGCGUCCGGGACCCCCCAGCACUGUCUGGCCGGGAAGCUGCAGCACAAAGUCGACCUUGGCGCAUCCCGCAGCCCCGUGGAGACCAACUUCAAGGCUGCCCCCACCUUUGAGCUGGCUCUGAGCGACCAGUCGGUGCUGGAGGGGCAGGACGUCAGCAUGAGCACCCGGGUCCGGGGCGAACCCAAACCCAUCAUCUACUGGCUGAGGAACCGGCAGCCGGUGAAGCUGGGGCGUCGGCUCUCCGUGGUGGAGGGGGCGGGCGGCGCCUCCACCCUGCACAUCCUGGCGGCUGAGCGCGCGGACGCCGGCUUCUACGCCUGCAAAGCCAUCAACGAGUACGGCACCAAGCAGUGCGAGGCCAAGCUGCAGGUCCGAGCACACCCCGCGAGCCAGGCUCUGGCCGUGGUGGCACCGCUGCAGGACGUGACGGUCGGGGCCGGGGAGCUGGCGCUCUUCGAGUGCCUGGUGACAGGCCCGCCGGACAUGGACGUGGACUGGCUCUCACGGGGGCGGCUGCUGCAGCCCGCCCUGCUCAAGUGCAAGAUGCAUUUUGACGGGCACAAGUGCAAGCUGCUGCUCACCUCCGUGCACGAGGACGACAGCGGCAUCUACACGUGCAAGCUGAGCACGGCCAAGGAGGAGCUGACCUGCAGCGCCCGGCUGACCGUGCGCCCGUCGAUCCAGCCGCUCUUCACCCGCAAGCUGGAGGACCUGGCCGUGGUGAAGGGACGGACGGCGCGCUUCGACUGCAAGAUCAGCGGCACCCCCACGCCCACCGUCACCUGGACCCACUUUGGCCAGCCGGUGGAGGAAGGCGAGAACGUGCGGCUGCAGCGGGAGCGGGGGCUGCAGUCGCUGGUCAUCGCGCAUGUGGACAGCGAGGACGAGGGGCAGUACGGGGUCUGUGCCGCCAACGAGCAAGGCCAGGCGGAGUGCUCGGCCGAGCUGUACGUGGAGGAGCCGCGCCCGGCCACCACCUCCCACAGCUCCAAGCUGGAGAAGAUGCCGUCCAUCCCGGAGGAGCCAGAGCUGCCGGAGAACGAGGUGGAGCGCUUCACCAUGCCCGACUUCCUCCACCCGCUGCACGACCUGGACGUGGUGGAGUCCAAGGAGGCCGUGCUGGAAUGCCAGGUGGCCGGCCUGCCCUACCCCACCAUCACCUGGUUCCACAACGGCACCAAGAUCUGCAGCUCCGAGGACCGCAGGAUGACCCAGUACAAGGACACCCACCGCCUGCUGUUCCCGGCCGUCAGCCACGCCCACGCCGGCGUCUAUAAAAGCGUCAUUGCCAACCGAGUGGGGAAGGCCACCUGCUACGCUCACCUCUACGUGACAGACGUGGUCCCGACUCCCCCUGACGGGCCGCCCACUGUGCUGGCCACGACCGGCAGGGCCGUCACGCUGACCUGGAACAAACCCAAGUGGCUCGACUCGGCCAUAGAUCCUGCCUCGGUGACCUACACCGUCCAGCAGCAGGUGCUGGGCACCAGCCAAUGGACCAUCGUGGCCACCAGCCUGCGAGACACCUGCUGCACAUUGCACAGCCUGGCCAAGGGGCUGCGAUACCUCUUCCGAGUCCUCACGGCCACCGCCAGGAGCAGCAGCAAGCCCUCGCCUCCCAGCCAGCCAGUGCAGCUGAUGGAUCGGGGGCCAUACCUGGAGGAGGCCCCCAUCAUCCUGGACAAGCCAGACGUGGUGUACGCAGUGGAGGACCAGCCAGCCUCCGUCACCGUGACCCUGAACCACGCGGAGGCCACGGUCACCUGGAAGAGGGGCGGGUUGGUGCUGGAGGAGCGGGCUGGCGAGUGGGAGAUGAGCAUGGCUGACGACGACCAGCACUGCCUGCGGCUCUGCCAGGUGCACCGCGGGGACGCUGGGGAGCUCACCUGCGAGGUGAGCAACAGGCACGGCGCGGACAGCUGCUCCAUCAGCCUGCAGCUGGCAGAGCCGCCGCGCUUCGAGUCCAUCAUGGAGGACCUGGAGGUCGGGGAGGGCGAGACGCCGCGCUUCGCCGUGGUGGUGGAGGGCAAGCCGCUGCCCGACAUCAUGUGGUACAAGGACGAGGCGCUGCUGGCCGAGAGCAGCCGGCUGACCUUCGUCUACGACGACAGCGAGUGCUCCCUGGUGCUGCUGGGCGCCACGGCCCGCGACAGCGGCGUCUACACCUGCGCCGCCCGGAACCUGGCCGGGGAGCUGUCCUGCAAGGCCGAGCUGGUGGUGCGCGCAGCCCAGCCUGAGGCAGCGGCCGCGGUGGCGGAGGAGGGGCACGCGGCCCGGCGGCUGACGGACGACUACGAGGUGCACGAGGAGAUCGGGAGGGGGGCCUUCUCCUAUGUGCGGAGGGUGACGGAGAAAGGCAGCGGGCUGGACUACGCAGCCAAGUUCAUCCCCUGCCGGGCCAAGGCCAAGCAGUCGGCGCGCAGGGAGCUGCAGAUCCUGUCCCAGCUGGACCACGAGCGCCUCGUCUACUUCCAUGACUCCUUCGAGAAGAAGAAUGCCGUGGUCAUUGUCAUGGAGCUCUGCACGGAGGAGGAGCUGCUGGACAGGAUGGCGAGGAAGCCCUCGGUGUGCGAGUGGGAGGUUCGCUCCCACAUGCGGCAGCUCCUUGAGGGGCUCAGCUACCUGCACGGCUGCAGCAUCCUGCACCUGGAUGUCAAGCCCGAGAACCUGCUCAUGACCAGCAGCGACCAGCUGCGGCUCUGUGACUUCGGCAACGCCCAGCGGCUGGCGCCAGAGGGGGCCCAGUACUGCAAGUACGGCACCCCCGAGUUCGUGGGCCCGGAGAUCGUCAGCCAGAGCCCCGUCUCCAUCGUCACCGACGUCUGGCCCGUGGGAGUCAUUGCCUACCUAUGCCUGACGGGGAUCUCCCCGUUUGUGGGCGAGAACGACAAGACCACGCUGCUGAACAUCCGCAACUACAACGUGGCCUUCGAGGAGAGCAUGUUCCUGGGGCUGACGCGGGAGGCCAAGGGCUUCCUCAUCAAAGUGCUGGUGAACGACCGGCUGAGACCCAACGCGGAGCAGACGCUGGAGCACCCCUGGUUUAAGACCUUGGCCAAGGGGAAAUCCAUCAGCACCGACCACCUGAAGCUCUUCAUCUGCCGCAGGAAGUGGCAGCGCUCCCAGAUCAGCUACAAAGGCAGCCUGGUGCCGAGAGCCAUCCCGGAGCUGCUGGAGGACACGUCCAGCCACCUCUCCAUCGCCGUGCCCCGGCACCUCAAGGACUCGCCCGCCCUCUCCUCCUCCUCGGACUCGGAGGAGCUGGACGAGCUGCCCCUCCUCCCCAUGCCCCGCCAGGUGGAGUUCUCCGGCUCCCGCGUCUCCCUCAACGAGAUCCCCACGGAGGACGAUGCCCUGGGCCAGGCCGAGGGGGCGCUGGUGGAGGCGGCCCCCAUGGAGUGGCAGGCGGAGGGCUCGGGGGAGAGGCAGAAGGACGCCGGCCCGCGGAAGAGGCCCCCGGUGGCGGAGGGGCCCGGCUCCUCGGACGAGGACUCUGCCGAGGUCCGGCCGCGGCCCGCGGGCCCCCGGAAGGCCCUGAAGAAGGGCCCCAGCCUGGAGUCCCCGGAGGGGGGGCGCCCAGCCGGCCGGAGGGGUGGGCUGCGGCGGGGCAGCUCCGCGGACAGCGCCCUCCUGCUGGGCCUGCCGGCGGAGGACGGGGCGGGGCCGGCGGGCCAGGGGCCCCCCACGGCGCUGAGGAAGGCGGCGUCCAUGGAGCUGCCGCGCCGGAGCCCCAGCCCGGGGGGGGCGCCCCGCAGGCAGGCCGAGGAGGAGGGCGGCCAGCGCCUGCUGCGGGGCAGCCCCGUGGAGCCCAAGGUCAGCGGCCUGCGGGGGCCGCUCCUGGAGACCCUGGAGAAGAAGGUGCCGCGGCCCCCCCGGCCAGCAAAGCAGCCGCCCCCGGGGCCCCGGCUGGUGCGGGCGGCCUCCAGCGAGGCGGCCCCGCAGCACCCGCCCCCUGAGCCGCGCCCGCUGCAGAAGAGCGGCUCCUUCAGCCAGGGGGACGUGGAGCCGGUGACGGUGCACCGCCGCUCGGGCGCCCCGCUGGAGAUCCCCGUGGCUCGCCUGGAAGCCCAGCGGCUCAAGGAGUCCCCCUCGCUCUCCGCCCUGACCGAGUCCCGGCCCCAGACCCCGCGGGAAAGCUCCUCCAAGCCACCCGUCCCUGAGCUGCCGGAGGCCCCCCCUGAGCAGGGGCGGGUGCCGGAGGACGCUGCCAGGCCCAGAGCCAGCUUGGCAGCUGUGGGCAAGAAGUCCCCCGCUGAGAAGCCUCAAGAAAAGCCCCCCUGCCCACGGCCGGCAGCUGCCGGAGCCGCCCAGGUCCCCCUGCAGGCGGCCCCCAAACCCCGAGCGUCCCUGCCGGAGCCCCCAGCCCUGGACUCCAGGGCCCCCAAGCCGUCCUCCUAUGCACAAGUCAUUCAGUCCAUCCAGCUGCCCGCAGCGCCCGGGCAGCCUGCCCGGCCCGAGCCUCCCCCCGCGGCCCCCCCCGCCCACGCUGCGGAGGUGCCCGCGGCGGGGGUGCCCAAGGCGGAGCGUUCCAGCAGCGCCCUGGCCAUCGUGGACAUCGACUCGGAGGAAGUCUUCGAGGCCAAGUUCAAGCGGGGCCGGGAGUCUUCGCUCAGCCGCGGCCUGAAGCUCCUCACCAGGCCCCACGCGGAGGGCCGGCCCCUGGCCAGCCCGCUGGUGCGGGAGGAGGGGAUGUACCGGCCCGGCCCGGCCGGGGCACCGCUGGAGCUCUCCAAGGGCCCGGCCCAGCGGGCCCGGUCGGUGCAGGACCUGCGCGAGCCGGAGGAGGCCAGCUUCAUCCGCAGGAUGUCCCAGCGUCUCUGGCGCACGCCGCCCAUGGAGAGGAAGAAGCCCGAGGAGGAGGAGUCGGGCCGCGAGCCCCCGAGCCGGGGCCGCCGUCUCUCCUGGAGCCUGGGUCGGGGCAGCUCCAAGGACAAGCGGGACUCGGCGAGCCUGAAAUCGGAGCCAGGCAGGAGCGAGGGUGGGUCGGAGCCCCCCGGCAGGGAGCCCGGCGAGUCGCCCGUCGUGGCCAUGCGGCGGAAGAUCAGCUCCACCGUGGAGCGCCUCUCCCAGCGCCUGCGCAGCCCCUCGGACGACAGGGGGCCGGCGGAGGGGCCCGGGAAGCGGAGCCCGCUGCUGGCCCUGCUGCGGAGGUCCAACUCGGAGGGGGAGAACCUGCGCAAGGUGGGGAUCCCGCAGAACCAGCUGGCGGCGCAGUCUGCCCUGGCGCCCUCCGCGGAGUCCUUCCAGUCCGAGAGCAGCACCCAGGAGGCGGGUGCCAGAGCUCCCAGCGAGGGCCAGAGACGCUCCCGGUGGGACCGCUGGGGCCUGUCCCGCGCCAAGAGGGACAAGGUGGCCUCGCAGCCCAACAUCCCGGCCAGCCUGCUGCAGGAGGACGGCACCAUCGUGGGCAGGCAGUACCUGCGCCAUGAGUCGGACUUCUCCCCCGUUUUCCACAUCAAGCUGAAGGACCAGGUGCUGCUGGAGGGCGACCCGGCAACCCUGUUCUGCCUGCCAGCUGCCAGCCCGUCCCCCAAAAUCCUCUGGAUGAAGGACAAGCAGUCGCUGGUGUCCGACGCCGCGGUGAACAUCGUCUCGUGUAAGGAUGGCCGCCAGCUGCUCACCAUCCCCAAGACGUGCAAGAAGGAUGCAGGCCUGUACGAGUGCACCGCUGCCAACGCCCUGGGCACCGCCACCAGCUCGUGCACUCUGGCCGUGGCACGCCUGCCGGGGAAGCCGGGCACCCCGGAGAUACCUCAGAAGUACAAGAACACGGUGCUGGUGCUGUGGAAGCCUGCAGACAGCUGUGCCCCUUGCACCUACACCCUGGAGUGCAAACUGAACGGGGAACGCGAGUGGAAGACCAUCAGCUCGGGCAUCGCCGACUGCUACUUCAACGUGACGGAGCUGCCCGCCAGGAGCACGGCCAGGUUCCGGGUCGCCUGCAGCAAUAAGGCCGGCCAGGGGCCCUACAGCAACCCCUCGGAGACGGUGGCCAUCGAGACAGACGAUCCCAGCGCUGCCCACUCGGCUCCUGCUGCCCGGAAGGACGCGGCUGCCCCCGAGAGAGCAGCUUCCAGCCGCUCCCCGCAGACCGCUCCCCCCCAGCCCGCGCCCCAAACCGCAGGGGCCCCUCCCCCCACCCCGCCCCGCAAGCACAAAGGGGUCGUGCACAUGCCCGGGCGGGCACCGCAGCCGGCUGUUCCCAGGGCCGUCUCUGCCGCCGUCCAGCCACCUCCCCGCGCCGAGGCAGAUGCUGCCCCACAAGGGCAGCUCUGCCCCCCCACUGCGCCCGCCACGCCCCCCGCGCCUGCCGCCCCUCCCGCAAUGGCUGUGUCUGGCUCUCCAGAGCUGGGGUUAACUCCGUCCAGGGCUGCCCCUCCGCCCCCCCUCGCCGCCCACACAACCAGCCAGGCGGUGCGGGGCUCCCCCGCCCCCCCAGCCCAGCCCCCCACCCGACUCGCCCCCAUUCCUCCAGCAUCGGUCCCGCCUGUCUCCCCCUCCGCCAAAGCGGCCCCCAUGUACAUGGUCACCUCCUUUGUCUCCAUGCCGGCCGUAACACCCCCCACGGAAGCCCCGUCCCCUCUCCCCAACGAGGCUGCGGCCACGCGGUCCCUGGUCCAGAGCGCCGCCCCGAGCAGGGAGCCCAGCGGCCCCCCCAGCAGGCUUAGCCCAACGGGGCAGGGGGCUCCAGGGGCAAAGGAGGGCACAACGCUGCGCCAGGGGGUCCCCCAGAAGCCUUACACCUUCCUGGAGGAGAAAGCGAGGGGCCGGUUUGGGGUGAUCCGGGAGUGCAAGGAGAACGCCACGGGGAAGCACUUCAUGGCCAAGAUCAUCCCCUACGAGGCGGAGAAGAAGCAGAGCGUCCUGCAGGAGUACGAGAUCCUCAAGGGCCUGCACCACGAACGCGUCAUGGCCCUGCACGAGGCGUACAUCACGCCCCGCUACCUGGUGCUGAUCGCCGAGAACUGCGCCGGCAAGGAGAUCCUCUACAGCCUCAUCGACAGGUUCCGGUUCUCGGAGGACGACGUGGCGGGCUACGUGCUCCAGCUGCUGCAGGGCCUGCAGUACCUGCACGGGCGCCGCGUCCUGCACCUGGACCUCAAGCCCGACAACGUCCUGGUCGCCCACGGCAACGCGGUGAAGAUCGUCGACUUCGGCAGCGCCCAGAGCUACGACCCGCGGGGGCUGCGCCGGCUGGGACGGCGCACGGGCACGCUGGAGUGCAUGUCUCCGGAGAUGGUGAAGGGAGACCCGGUGGGCUCCGCGGCUGACAUCUGGGGCGUCGGCGUGCUCACCUUCAUCAUGCUCAGCGGCCGGUCGCCGUUCUUCGAGCUGGAUCCCAUCGAGACUGAGAACAGGAUCCUGGCCGGGCGCUUCGACGCCUUCAAGCUGUACCCCAACGUCUCGCAGAGCGCCGCCCUCUUCAUCCGCAAGCUCCUCUGCAUCUACCCCUGGAGCCGGCCCACCGUCCAGGACUGUUUCGCCAACCCCUGGCUGCAGGACGCCUACCUGAUGAAGCUGCGCCGCCAGACCCUGACCUUCACCACCAACCGGCUCAAGGAGUUCCUGGUGGAGCAUCAGCGGCGGCGCGGCGAGGCCGCCACCAAGCACAAGGUCUUACUCCGCUCCUACCACGGCUCCGGCGGCCAGCCGCCCCCCGGCCCGGUGACGCAGUAGCCCCGGCCCCUCCCGCGGCCACGGGGGAGUGGAAGGAACAUUCCAGGGGCUGGGCCGGCGGCAGCAGGUUCCCCGCGGCGGGGGCCGGGGGUCGAGCGACCCGCCGGGAUGUGCGCCGGCGUCCUCCCCGCCGGCCUGGCGCGCUCCGCCCGGGACUGCGGAGGAGCGUUCACCCGGGCGCCGCGGGCCCCUCCGCCCGGCAGAGUCGGCACCGCUGGGGGUCACCGCGCCGCGCCCGACUGCUCCCGCUCCUCCUGCAGGGGGCCUGCUGCAAGGGGCGGGACUUCCUGUUUUGCUGUGCCUGAGGGCAGGAAGUGCUACGCAAAGAGCGGGACUUGGCUGGCGGGCUGCGGGGGGGGGGGGGGAUGUGUGUGGGGGGCGGGGGGGUGGGAGGAGCCCCGCAGCAACCUCUGGGGAGCAUGACACUGUGAAGGGGGGAGACGGAGGGAGGGGGCAGGAAGCAGGAGCCGUGACGGUGGGAAGCCACCAGCGCUCUCUGCCCUCUGAGAUGUUUCCCCCGGGUUUGGGGGAGCCCGGCCCAGCCCGCGGGGCUCCACCGCCGGCAACCAGCUCGGCACGUCUUCUCCACCCGUCUCCGUGCUCUGGGGCUGGGCUGGAGGGCUGCCCCACAUGCCCUGUAACCGGAGCUGGGAGGAGCAGAGCCGCGUCCUCUGGGGUCCUGGCAGCAGCCCCAGGGUGCGGAGUGGCCCCGGCAGCACCCGGCCAUGCCGGACGUGGGUAAAACCCCCGGGUGAGUGUCAGCGUGGUGCUCACUCGCCGUCCUGCCCUGGGGCGGGGGGAGCUGCCGUCCUCGCCCCCCAGCUGGCCUCCCUCCCUGCCCCACACGCCCGCGUGGCUGCCGAGGCGCUGGGGGGCCGUGCAAAUGGUGAGCUGGCAUAUUUGCUGAAUACGCCCGAGCUGGGUGUGCAGCCCCCAGCACCCCGCCCCCCUGCCCCCCCGGCUCCCUGGCGCCCCCCACAGCUCGGGCCCCAGAGAGCGGCUACAACACACCUGCAUGGGGCGGGGGGGCGCUCUAGGGUGUCGCUCUAGCUACGUCUUUACGGCGAGGGGCAGCUUCGCUGCAGGGAGGGGUGGUGGCCAUUUUGAGCGAGGGCAGCUUGUGGCUUCAGUUCCAUGGGAAGUCAGGGAAGCUGGUGGCCAUUACGGGUGAGGGCAAACUGAGCAGCCCCCCCUUGUCCCCCCUCCCCACCUGGGGAGCUGCUAGGAGUCACCUGCUGUCUGCGGCCCGGCCUCUGUGAGCCACAGUCUGACACGUGCCCUGUGCACACACAGCGACACGCCUGGACAUGCGCGCACACGCCUGGACAUGUGCACAGCGACACGCCUCGACACACGCACACGCCUGGACAUGUGCACAGCGACACGCCUCGACAUGCGCACACACGCCUGGACACGUGCACAGCGACACACCUGGACACGCACAUGCCUGGACACGUGCACAGCGACACGCCUCGACAUGCGCACACACGCCUGGACACGUGCACAGCGACACACCUGGACUCAUGUACAGUGACACGCUUCUACAUACACACACAGCGACACACCUGUACACACACACGCCUCUUCACAUGCACAGUGACCCCUAUGCACGCACGGUGAUGCCUGGACACAUGUACACACACAGUGACACGCCUGUACAUACACACACAGCAACACACCUCUACGUACACACACACGCCUCUUCACAGGCACAGUAACACCUGUACACACACACACACACAGCGACAGGCCUGUACACACACACACGCCUCUUCACAUGUACCGUGGCACCCCAUUCACGCACAGCGACACGCCUGUACGCCCCACGCACACAGCGGCGCAUGUGCACACAGACAGGGACACGCCUAUGCACACACAGCGAUGCUCCCUGCACGCACAGUGACACACACACACGCACACACGGAGUGGGGCGGCACCGAACGACGCUCCCCCAUACCCUCGCUGCGACACGCCCAGCGCGACAACUGCCCCUGCAGGGCUCUGCGCCAGCCAUCCCCUCGCUCUGCGUGGGAGCCGUGUCCCUCUCCUCCGCCCCGGGGGCUCGGCUGGACCCCUGGCCCUGCGGCCCCCAGCGAUACUGCAUGGGGUGGCAGCAUCGGUCACAAUCCCCCCACACCCCUCCCUCCCGCAGACAUCCGACCCCCCCGUCCAGUGACGUGUGCGCCCCCAGCCCCCCUCUACGCACAUCUCCCCUCCGGCCCUGCCUGCCGGGGGGGGGUCCAUCCACCAGCCCAGGGCCAGGCUGGGGGCGCUCGCUCUGUGUGCCCCACUGUCCCAGCCCCUGGGGGGGCUCUUUCUUGCGGGGCUGCCUCAUGGGGGCUGUGUUCACUCCUGGGGGGGGUCCUGCCAGGGUGGAGAAUGGGGAUGAAUGGCCCCUGCCGGCCUGGGCUCAACUCUUGGCAUCUCCCCUGCCCCCUCCAUGGGCCUGUCCUUUCCCCCCUGCCGGGCUGGCUCUGCUGCCAGCUGCUCCAUGGUGCCCACGGUGCAUCUCCUCCCGGGGGGCAAUGCUGGCUGGGGGGCAGGAACGGCCUGGCUGCCCUUGUGCCUUGGCUGGACAGUGUGACUGGCCGUUAGCCGGCGCGGGGGCCAUUCCCUGUGCCCGGGGCCGGGGCAGGGAGCCCCGCCGGGGCGGCUGCACGGAUGCUGCUGUAGCGACAGACGUAUUUAUUGACUUUGCUGACAAAGUUUCUUCCUCCCUUGUCCCCCCUUGUCCCCUCCCCCGUCCUUGGUCCCCCCGCCCCUCCCGCUGCGCUCUGAGUUUGGGUCUGGAGUUGCUCUGGUGUGGACGAGCCAUGUGCCUGAGAAGCAAUAAAGGCCCUGAGCAGCCC